AUGUGGUCUAUUCCAAUAUUGGAGAUCGUGAUGGGCUUUGUGGCUCUUGCUGUAAUUGCAGUUUCCCACUGGAAGUACAAAUGGAGAAUCCAUUCCAGUAGGGGAAGGCUUCCUCCUGGUUCAAUGGGGUUUCCAUUCAUAGGAGAGACCAUUGAGUUCUUCAUCCCCACCAAGUCCAUCGACAUACCUCCUUUCCUCAAGAAGAGAACUAAAAGGUAUGGGACGUUGUUCAAAACGAACUUGGUGGGCCGACCGGCGGUGGUAUCAGCAGAUCCCGAGUUCAAUAGAUUCAUUCUUCGCGAAGAAGGGAAAUUGGUCGAGAUGUGGUACUUAGAUGCGUUUGCUAAGCUCCUAGGUCACGAUACUACUACCGGCUUAGAAGUUAAGACGAAUGCAACUGGGUACAUACACAAACACGUUACUAAUGUCGUCCGGAAUCACUUUGGUCCCGAGAGACUCAGAGAUGAGCUCCUUCCUCAAUUUCAAGCCAUAGUUGAGAAAGCCUUGGAUGCUUGGUCAACUCGAGAAUUCAUUGAGGUGAAACGUGAUUGUGCAGCGAUGGUGUUCAAUUUGACUGCAAAAUGUUUAUUUAGCUACGAUGCCGAGAGAUCAGGGGAAAAUCUAGCGGAGGACAUCCGCAGACUCUAUCAAGGUCUCAUGUCUCUCCCAAUAAACAUUCCCGGCACGACCUUUCACAAGAGUUCAAAGAGUCAAAAGAAGCUAAUGAACACCAUUGAGCGGGAGAUCGCUGAAAGAAUGGCGUCACCGGUAACACGCAAGAGAGACUUCCUUGACCAUCUCCUGGAGGACAUGAAAACUCAGACGCUUCUCACGCGUGACUUGGUUACCUACGUGAUGGUUGCGCUUAUGGUCGCUAGCCUCGAAACGGUAUCCACCGGUUUAGCCAUGACCAUCAAGCUCAUCUCAGAAAGCCCUCAAGUGGUUCAAGAACUAAUCAAGGAAAAUGAGGAAGCGCUUCGCAACCGAAGGAUUUCGGGAAGAAAAGAAAUUACGUGGGAAGAAUACAAAUCGAUGGCUUACACGACGCGAGUGAUCAAUGAAUCAUUCAGAUUGGCAAGCAUUUCGCCCGGCAUUGUUAGAAGAGCACUUAAAGACAUUCACUAUAAGGGAUACAUAAUCCCUAAAGAUUGGACAAUUAUCAUGGUUCAAACCGGGCUACAUCUAAACCCCGAAGCUUUUGUAGAUCCCCUAGACUUUAAUCCCUCGAGAUGGAAGCAAGAGGAUAUCGAAAAAGUGACAGCGAAUUAUUAUAUACCCUUUGGAGGGGGUGGGAGGCCAUGCGCUGGAGCUGAAUUUACCAAAGCUUUGUAUGCUGUAUUUCUCCAAGUUCUGGUGACAAAAUAUAGGUGGGUAAAGGUAAAGGGAGGAGAAGUUGUUCGGACUCCCGCGUUGGAGUUCCGAGGUGGUUUUCAUGUUAAGGUCUCUACGAUCCCGAAAUAA